CUCAUAACAACUGAAUUCGAUUUGCUUAGGUACCUGGCUCGUGCUUUCACGAUCCUCCCUGCUAAAAUCAAAGAUAUCUAAAGAUGUUAAGCUGGUUUAAGGGGGAAGAAAAGCCCAAAAUUGACACCAGUGAGUUCCACAUUCCUGAAUUUUACCGUGGAGCUGAUGGGCCAUUGAUCAAAGUUCUUGAAACUUGUGAUGACUACGAGACCCGUCUCUACGACAAGUCCCAAUGGGUCUCGUCCAACGCACCACCAGGGGAAUUCAUGAGCGCAUUUUGGAGAUUAUACAGCUAUAUCGGCGGUAAAAAUGACCAAGGGAAGAAGAUGGAUAUGAAUAUGCCCGUACGAAUUCAUGUGAAGCUGAGCGAGGACGAUGCUGAUGGAACUAAAGUCGAAGUGUUCAAUGUGUCGUUCUUCCUGUCAUCGUCACUUUUACCUAACCUCCCGAAACCUCUAGACGAAAAGGUCUUUCUUAAGCAAGAAGACAGUCGAGUUACUUACGUUGCACAUUUUAGUGGAAUGGCUAAGGAUAAAGACUGGUCAGACAGUAGAUGUCGUCUAAUGCAAGCCUUGGAUCGUGACGGAAAAAGUUACGUAAGAGCAGAAUAUUUCUCUGCCGGUUAUGACCCGCCAUACAAGCUGUGGAACCGUCGCAAUGAAAUGAUUCUUCUGGCAGCAGAUGACCAGGCAGAUGACCAGACAGAGGAAGUAGAAAAAACGAAAGAAGAAAAUACUGAAAAUGAGGGAAAUUAAUUGAGAGAUUUGGGAUUUUUUUGCCAGUCGACCUGUAGGAAAGUGGGGAAGAAAAUAAGCAAUUAAGCAAGUAUCAGACAAUGGUGUUCAAUGAUAGAGGG